GGUACAAUUGUUUAUAAUAAUAACUGUUUUCAUCGAACCAAUCGCGUUCUGUAGACAAAAGUAGGUCACUACACACCUUCGCCCUGUUGACCUUCACAACGAAUGAACAGGUUGAGCGUUGUCGUUCACUAAGUUGGCCUGUCCAUUUGACUACUGCUCACCUCUAAGCAUAUUAAUCGUGGACGCAAUACGAAGUCACCUCGGAUAUUUUGUUUUUCAUGUACGCUCUUGAUACAAUGGGAGAUGAAGAAAUCAAUUUAAAGGAGGCUCUCAUCAGGUCCCUAAACGAAGAGGGUAUUUUACCAAAGCUUGAAGCUCAGCUCAAGGCAGCAGUGUACUUAGCUCUGGAAAAGCACAACUAUGCCGAAGGAAUACCGCUUUCAAACCAGUCCAUUCGGUCCUUAUGGUCUACAGAAGAUGCAAGGCUUGAUCAUUGCGUCCCUACUGGUGGAUUUUAUGAAUAUGAUGAAACUUGAAAAUACGUUAAAUGUCCUAAUGGACGAAGCGCAGAUGAAACAUCUAGAACUUUUUGACCGAGAUAAGUUGAUGGCCAUCCUACCUACUGAACGCAAUCCAAGCAACUCUCCAGUGCUGCUGAACUUGAUUGAAACACUUAGACAUCUCCGGAACCAGAAAAUGGAUGAAACAGAUUCAUCUACUUCAACAUCAAAUAAUUCACGUAAUAAGUCAAGCAGAAUACCUGUCUUACAGAGUCGUAAAACGAGUUUUGGAUCCCAGGUAUCAGAUGAAACACUCAACACUCCAAAUCGCAACGUUAAUGGUUCGUCAAAAGUUAAAGAAACUAUAAACACUUCCCAGGAAACUCGUCUUCAGGAAAUAGUCACUAAUCACAGCAGCAGAACGCAAUUGCGUACAUCUGUAAUUGGAUCUGCAGAUUCUCCACGAUCUUUAACACCGAAUUCUCCGGCUUUGAAUAAUGUUGCGAAGGUCGAAUCCCCCGGAAGGGCGAAUUCAGGAGGGAGUUCACCAUCCAUAGUCAGAGUGUUUGCACCAGUGAAAAAACAGUCGUCUUUAAACGACGACAAAUCAGAUGUUGAUGAUGAUGAUGAUGUUGAAGAAGUGUUAAAAGCCGAAGAGUCAGUGGCAGAUGAUACAGUCGACCAAACUGUUGAUUCAGAGCAGAGUUUAGGCUUGGAUUAUAUUGAAGAAAUACAACCACUACACAACUCUGUCUCAUUAACACGUACUGUUUGAUAGCCAUGAAUUGUUAUAUUCUAUAAUGACGUGAAAUUUCCUUAGGUUUCAGGUUGUUUUCCCUUGAUUUCUGCAUCGUAUAACAAUGAUUCAAUGUUUCUUUUCUAGUGUUUUGUACUAUUUGUUCCCUGAUUUGCGGUUCGUUUACAGCUAUCGUUCUAGUAAUAUUUCCAUUCAAUUAACAAAUCAUUAUCGAAUGAUAACCUAAAUUUCCAUGUGUUAAUGUUAAGAAUAUAUCAGUGUAUAAAACAUCAUAUAUGUUUACUGCUUAAAUAAAACAUCUUUGAUCGGAGA